CAAAACAGCGUGAUGGUGUAAAUAAAGAAAUUGGGGUUUUAAAUUUUCUAUAAUUAGAUUAUUGAAAAAUGUCCUUAGAAAGUGAAAAAAGAAGUCACCGUCUAGAAAACUUGCGAAAUAUUUGGAAAAUAUACAGUCAAAAGAAGUCAUUUAGAUACGGAUUACCCUUUAUCAUAUUUAUGAUCGGAGGUUCAUUUGGGUUAAGGGAAUGGACACAAAUAAGGUACCAAUUUUCAAAAGUCAAAGGUAUAAGCAAAGAGGAAGCAGAAAAAAUGGGUCUACACAAGGAUAAAAAUGUUACAUUAGAAGGUGCUUAUGAAGACAUUCAAAAAUUGGAUAUAGACAAUUGGGAGAAUAAAAGAGGUCCACGGCCUUGGGAACAAAAUGAAACACAAAAAAACAACUGACUUUGAACAAAUGUAAUGUUAUAUCAUUUAUUUACGCCCUGUAAAUAAUACAUGUAGUUUCUAAAUUAGUAUGUUAUAAGAGUUAAUUAAAAACAAGUUUAAUCAAACA